GGCUCAUUCCAGCAGGUGACUGCUCGGAGAUCCUCAGCCCAGGUACAGACGCUCCUGCAGACGCUCCAGCUUCUCUCUGCACAAAAAAACAGAAAACAGACAAGACUCUGGAAGAUGCGUAAGCAGUAUACGUCUGUGAGCCCCGCUGAGGAAUUCAGUGUGAAGACUGAAAAUGAAACCAAGAAAAACCGCUAUGUGCGGAAAGAAGGCAGCUGUAACGUGGUGUUCCGCCACGUUCCUGAGGAGUGGAUGCUCUUUGUGACCGACAUCUUUACCACCUUGGUGGAAAUCAGGUGGAGGGUGAUGUUCCUCAUUUUUGCCCUGUCCUACAUCCUGUCCUGGCUCUUCUUCGGCGUCAUCUUCUGGGUCAUCGCUCUCGCUCACGGCGACGUCAAAGACCUCAACAACGACCCCUGCGUGUACGAGGUGCGCAGCUUCACGGCGGCCUUCCUCUUCUCGCUCGAAACUCAAACCACGAUCGGGUACGGCUUCAGAGGCAUGUCCGAGAACUGCAUGGUCGCCAUCAUCGUCGUUACCAUACAGGACGUCAUCAGCUGCUUCAUAGACACCUUCGUCAUCGGGAUCGUUGUUUCCAAGAUGGCGUCGGCGAGGAAGAGGGCGCAGACCGUGGGCUUCAGCAGCUGUGCGGUCAUCAACCUUCGCGACGGUUUCCUGUGUCUUUCCUGGAGAGUCGGCGACUUCCGCAAGCACCACCUGGUGGAGGGGACGGCUCGCGCUCAGAUCGUCCGCUCCACGGUGCACGCCACGGGGAAGGUGGACGUGACCUACGAAGACCUCGUCAUCCACCAGAGGGAAAUCAUCCUGGUCACGCCCACCACCGUCUUCCACAGAAUCGAACCCAGCAGCCCACUCUACACCAUGAGUCUGGUGGAUCUGCGCAAAGCGGACUUUGAGCUAGUGGUGUCGUUCACCUACACGGACGACUACACGGGGAUUCUGCACCAGACCCGAACCUCUUACACGCCGCCCGAGAUCCUCUGGGGUCACCUGUUCCAGGAGAUGAUCAGGGUCACCAAGAGGAACUACAGGGUGGACUACACCUUGUUCAAUCACACCGCUAAGGUUCUGGUGCCGGAGAUCAGCGCCGAGGGCUACGAACUCAAGAAGCAGCUGCGGCCGUCUCCUCGACCUUCACCCAGAUGUUCCCCCAGAUGUUCUCCCAGAUGCUCUUCCAGGUGUUCUCCCAGAUGUUCCCCACGGCCGUCACCAAGAUUGAAGAAGGAAAAUGAGCAGGAAAAACUCCUGAAACCACCGACGGUGAUGGUGGAGCUAGUGAACGACGGCCACCCUGAACCGAGCGCUCACCCGUCUCAAACAGAAAGUCAACACCAAGACACUCUGACUCUACCAAGUGACCUGACGAGUGAAGAGAUAUAAAAACAUAGACGUUGAGAAUUUUCUUCUUCGGGGGAAACCGUCGAGGACACUUAUUGAAGACAUUCAAUAAACAUAACGUCCGAGUUUUAGAUCUGUUUCUCAACCAAAAUCUUUCUUUUGAGAGAACCAAGAAUUCAUCUCUCAGCAUCACAAAGGAUCCUGAAGAGAUCUGGGUUUCAAAACAUUACAUAAUUACCAUUGUUUGUUCUUGUAGUUAUAAAAGAUGUAGUUUUAGACAAAUUUCAUACCAACUUAUCACUGUUCCAGUCAAAUAAAGUCAAACAUUAUAAACAUGGAAGCAAAAUACUGCACUGUCAGGAUGUUCGUCUUCAGGGUUGAUUCUAGGCUUGGAGCUUUAAGGUGGUUUAACGUCAAACCAAUGUAUCACAAAGCUAUCAUUGAAAAAUGAAGGAAAGAAAUUUAAUUUAAAUGAGAAGAUGAGGUAGGAACAAACAAACUUAAAGAUAUGAAGGUCAAUAAAGAGAUGACAUCCUUUCAGACUGAACAGACCUUGAAAAAAUAUUAUGUUUAAACCACAUAUUUUCUACAAUUGUGCUGAUUUAUUCUUGUCAUCUUAUUAUAGACAAACCAAAAGGUUUUCACUUCUUAUUAUCAGAGGUGCUGGGACAAAGUUUAGGUUUAAAAAUGGGUUAGAAACGCCUGUGGUCAUCUCCAUCUUUGUCUGACUCCAUCUAACUAAAAUCAACCUAUGAGGACAUCUUUGUCUAAUUUCUCAUGAACUGAGAAAUUAGCCAAAGAGACUGUAAACAUGUUUAUUCUGCUGUAAGGUGAGAAAUUGUAACUUCCAAGCCAAGCCUCUAGUGGACAUGAGAGGAACUGCAUUUAACCCUCUAACAUUCCUCUGGGUGGUUUAUGGGACACCAGCAUCUUUUUGAACCAACCAGAGCUGCAUGAUGCAAUAUGUCAUUUACUUCUGGUCAACCAGCACAUUGUUUUUUUCAAAACGAACCCAACAACUACUUAUUUUAAACUAUGUUCCAACUUUCAUUCCUCUAGAACUAAACCACUUAGAGUGAUUCUGACUUUUGUGGUAGAAACUUCAGAGUCUCGUCUUUGAAAAGAGACCAAGACCAUGAAUGAGCUCCAACAUGUUCAUGAACAGCUUUCACUUUACUUCGUCUAUGUCCUAAAGAGGCUGGAAUGAUACGACUCCACUGUGUUGCUGUCAACAGUCGCCUCCAUUGGCGACUUUGCUGCUUCGUCUUGGAAAAUGCAAAAUAAAUUGGUCAAAUUUCCCCAAAUAAAAGUUCAGAGGUUCAUGAUUUGAACUGGAUUGGCCAAAAAGAAAACAAAAAAAACAAUAAAAAAUCAUAUUAAAAACAGCCAUUAUAUUCCAGAGUCUGAGACCAGAACCAAACAGGCACGUGGACGGUUCAACCCAAACCAUAAUGAGUCAAACAGAUCCAACAUGAACAUGGGAUCAACCUCCCUCUGGACCUGACGACCUCAUUCUCCAUGUCCUUAAUAAGAUUUUUUAUUUUUUUUGCAGAAAGUCUGGAAUGAUGAGAGGUUAAGUGUCCAUUAGAUAGAAGAGUAGAUAUAAGAGGGUUGUGGUUUAUUGUCAUUAUGCAUCAAUGGGCCUCCUUUCCCAGUGGUUAUCAUGGGGCCUCAAACUACUGCUUGGUUUGCAUCUUCUAGUGGCAGAUCCUGGGGCUGUGUGUGCCACUCAUACCUUUAAAUAAAUAUAUUAGGUCAUUAGCAACCUGGGACUUAAUUACAGAAUUAAAAAAACUUUUUAAAAAUGUUUCCAUCCAAACAGAAAAAAUAAAAGUGUUACCAGAGGUGGAUUCCAGUUAAGACCUGAAGGUAAAAGUGUCACUAAAGAAAUUCAUCUGUUCUUAAUGUCACAGUCGGUGGGUUCAGUGUAGAUCAAUAUUUACUUUCUUUCCCUUCGUUUUUGACGUUGGAAGAUUUGGUUAAUCACAGAUACGAUCUGUGACGUUCUCCAGAACAAGAACUAAGAGGAGCUCUUUAUUUUAUUCUCAUGUGUGAUUCAAACUUUCACAUUUUUAGAUUAAACUCUUAGUCAACACUGUUAGGAAACUAACACGUUGUAUGAAGUUUUGUGAUUGUGGUGGUGGAACGUUUAGUAUAUAUAUACAUACAUAUAUAUAUAUAUACAUACAUAUAUAUAUAUAUAUAUAUAUAUAUAUAUAUAUAUAUAUAUAUAUAAAAAAGAAAUAGUCAUAAAUGUCACAUCAUAUUCUAUAUUUCUAGAAAUAAUAAUAAUAUUAAUAAUGAAGGCAUCGUGUGAAGCAUCUGUUUGAAUGAAAUCUGCUUGUAAGACGAGUGUUUGAAUAAAGUCAUGUUUGAAACCUGA